GUCUGUUUCGCACCACUGGGAGGUUCUGAAGAUGAACCCAGGCUGAGAUGUGUUGACUCAACAGGCACAUGUGCACCCGUGGUGCUGAAGGAACAGCUCAGUCGCAAUGAAAUCACCAUCACCAUCACCAUCACUCCUCAAAGUUUGUGGCUCGUUUCAUUCGCUCUGACCAUGAAGAGACAAAACAUCAGAACCCUCGUGUUGAUCAUCUGCACUUUCACUUAUUUGCUCGUCGGAGCGGCUGUUUUUGACGCGUUAGAAUCCAAGAUGGAGAUCACCCAAAAGAAGGUCCUGGACGAUCGGAAGCGAGAGCUCAUGGACAAGUACAACUUGAGCAAAGUCAAUUUUGACGAGCUGGAGCGGGUCGUGCUGCAGCUGAAGCCACACAAGGCUGGGGUCCAGUGGAGGUUCGCCGGCUCCUUUUACUUCGCCAUCACGGUCAUCACCACUAUAGGAUACGGUCAUGCGGCUCCCAGCACGGAUGGUGGGAAGGUGUUCUGCAUGUUCUACGCUCUCCUGGGGAUCCCCCUUACCCUGGUGAUGUUCCAAAGUCUGGGUGAACGCAUCAACACCUUCGUCAAGUACCUGCUGCACCGUCUCAAAAAGUGUCUUGGCCUUCGGCACACCGAGGUCUCCAUGGCCAACAUGGUGUGCAUCGGCUUAAUAUCCUGCAUGAGCACGCUGUGCGUGGGAGCGGCGGCCUUCUCCCGCUACGAGGACUGGAGCUUCUUUCAUGCGUACUAUUACUGCUUCAUAACACUCACCACCAUUGGUUUUGGGGACUACGUGGCCCUGCAGAAGGAUAAUGCGUUACAAACCAACCCCCAGUACGUAGCGUUUAGCUUCAUGUACAUCCUCACGGGCCUCACGGUCAUCGGCGCCUUCCUGAACCUGGUGGUUCUGCGUUUCAUGACUAUGAAUGCCGAGGACGAACGCCGCGACGCCGAACAGCGUACGUUGCUGUCCCGCAGCAGAAAGACCGGCGGUGGCGGGACCAUGUCUGAUCCACCGUCCUCGUCUGGUGCGGCCCAUGGGUCCGGGAAAGGCUUGUGUAACGUCUACGCCGAAGUGCUGCAUUUCCAGUCCAUGUGCUCUUGUCUCUGGUACAAGAGCCAGGAGAAGAUGCGCUACUCAAUUCCCAUGAUUAUCUCUCACGAUCUGUCCACUUCGGACACAUACAUGGAGCACAGCGAGAUCUCCGACCCCCUCCACUCCAACGGCUGCGUGUGCAGUGCCUUGCAGGAGCACUCCGGCACCAGUUCAGUGUACACGGGCCUGCUCAGCCCGGCACAUUACCAAAGACUCUCCAAACGCCGCAGCUCCAUCUAGAGGGCUGGAGGAUGUUUUGCAUGUGAAUCUCUUUCGCCUUACGAAACCAACCACUGUUAUACUUGGGGUUGAAAAACCACUGCUUCUAAGCUGCUCGGAUCCUCUGUCAGUCGAAUAAAUGUAAUGUAGUGAUAGACGGGGGAGGGCGGCCUGUCAGCAGGUGCUGCUUGAGGACCGGAGACAUAGAAGCAAUAUGGGAAGCAAUACAGGGUAAAUGCCUGUAUUUUUUUGAAGUACUUUGAGGUUUUCGAGAAAAGGCAAGAUGCAAACUGCUAGCUCUUCAGUGAGCUCAAUGGUAAAUGGAAACAAAUGCUGGUCUUUUAAUAACCAACAAGUCCCAAAGUGUCAGGAUCUUCUGGUUUUCAUUUGAAUAGAUACAUCUUGUGAUUCAACCAUUUCAACAGUGAAUACUU